UUCUUUGCUCCAAAUAAGACUAUAAACUUUAUUCCAAACUCAUUUCUCUUGGUGUAACCUUUCCUAUACCCUAUUUUACUUAUCAGCAACCGAAGUGCAGCUGAAGUUCGGUGGGGAUUUUUGGCCAACUUCCCCUGUUAUCAUUAUUGUUAAGUCCCUUGAUAUGGGUCGUAAACGUGAAGCCAAAAAAAUGCCACAUAAUUAGAAGAACCUCCCAACAAAAAAAAGGGUAAUAACCCUCCAACACUCGAAGCGAUAAGACGAUAAAGUUUUCCACACAAGAAAAAGGCACUCUUGUAUGUAGAAUAGCUAAUAAAUACUUGAAGCCCAGUUGCCAGGUGAUACCACAUAUACAAGAUCGAGAAAUCGUUUACUCGGGACUCUGGUUUAUUUACAAACAAACAAAAAACCUCUAUAUAUAGCAAUUUGCACAAUUUACGCUCCAAAAAGCUUCCCGUUUCGAGUCGCUUCUCCAGCUCUCCAGCGCUCGUUUCAAGUUCAGCUUGGCUUUUCGUUUUCAGUCGGCUGCCAAGAUCGGUGGCGAGCGGAACCGGGCACUAAAUACAGAUCAAGAUCGCGCCAUUUGAAUAAACACAAACUGGAGGAGAAUCGGGAAUGUAAACAUUUGUGCCAAUGCGGGGAAAGCACCGGAGCUAUAUAUGUAGCCUAUAAAGGCAUAAAUAAAAUGGCUUGCACUCACUAACAGCUGCCCAGUUGCGUAAACGUGAAACGUAAACGUGGAAGUUGCUUAUUUUCUGGGUGCAUAUUUGUUGACAAAUCAAUUAUUAUUAUUAUAAAAUGAUUUAUUUGCUAGAUCGCAAUUUUAGGGCAGUAAACGGGGACUUUUUCUGCAGCUAUCUCGACACCAGUCAAAGUCAAAAUUGCAAAAGUAAAUAAAAAAAUUAAUAAUAAAAGCCUUAUUAAGUACAAAUCGACAAAUGUUAUAUCAGCUGGAUCGUAGUACCAGAUACGCUUCAAUUACAAAACCUGUAGGAACUAACUACUGGGUGUGUAAUAAACACACCUGAUGUGUGGUAUGGAGAAAUGGUUUUCUGGUUUAGAAAAACCCCCUGAAUAUACUAUCUCAGCUAUCUAGCACGCUUCCUAAUGCCCGUGUACUAAUGCCCCCAAACGUUGAAAAUAAAUAAAAAAUCACCGAUGCCCAACAGGUUUUAUCUGCCAUUUCGGAUCGGAGAGCGAUGAGAGGCCUUUGCUUGUUGUUUCCCAAGUUCCCAAAUUAAAUAGACUUAAUGUUGUGAGUUCGCUGACAGACAGUUGAUAAGGUGCGAACAGCUCUGGCACGGAGCUUGUGUUGGAGAUAAACUAAUAAAUGACCUCUUAACGAGGUAACAACUUGCCGAAAAACAAGUACAAAUACAAAGGGAAAGUGUGCUAGAGGGUAUUAUAAUUUAGAUUAGAAAAGCUAUUGAUUGCCGAAAAUCAUAGAUAUUUAGAUUCACCAUUCAAAUUCAAAUUAAUCAAUAACGAAAUAAUUGAAAUUUUUGAAAUCCAGGCGUCUUCAUCAUAAAAUCAUUAAGGAACACUGGCUUACUGAUGUGAUAUUUUUCAGAAACCAACAUGACUUCAAACAUCAGAGUUUUGGCUAUUGCCACCGAGACCUCGGAAUCAUCAGACAAACCCCCCAAAACCAGUAACCCAAAGGCAUACUUUGAGUUUGACUUUGAAAAACACAUGCAAAAACUACUUCUAAAUGGCGAAAAACCACAAAAACUAGAUGAGAAUGCCAUUGAAAGAUUCGCCGCUACGGAGAUAAUGAGAAAUGGCAAACAGUAUUACGAGUUCGGGCCUGACAAUUUUAAAUCUCGAGCCAUAAUAAGCGGACCUGCGUUUGAUCCCAAAGGAGUUCUCCCACGGGUUAAGGAUAGAAUCAGCAAGGAGCAUUGGGUUAACGAAAACGUAAUUCAGUAUCGCAAGAAUUCAAUGCAAUAUAUACAACAAAUUGUUUCGGAGGCCCUACGAGAGGAAGAAAGGGAAAUCUGUGAAUAUUUGUGUUAUUUGAAUAAGAAUUACAUUAAAUGAAGAUCUAGUGAACUUUAGUUUUAAUUUGAUAAAUCUUUAUAAAAAAAUAAACAUAAUAUUUAUAAAGAAUGGGCUUUUAC